GUCGCAUUGUAGGUUACAACUUACAAUUUUUAUUAUGAGCCUAUCGGGGCUCUUGUUUUAUCUUAUCAACAAACAAACAAAAAGUAUUUGGGAAGUUCUGCGACGGGCAUCCUACCAUACUACCGUACCAUACAACUUACACAACAACUUACACAACAACAUACACCAUACACAGUUACACUUGAUUGUUUAUAAUCAUGGCCCCCCUCACCAGAAGUAGGGCCAAUAGCCGAGCAAAAAAAUCUCAAGAAAAUGCAGAGACUGAAGCAAGCAAUGCUUUGCUUGAAGGAGAUGUAGAAGUGGAAGGAGAAGGAAAAGAAGAAACACUCAAAGACACUACCACCACUUUAAAUCCAGAGCCAGAAGCCGAUUCGGAAACUCCCAAGCGACAGAGACUCGCAGUUCGAACGCGCGAAGACGAAAGCACCGGCCACGGGCGGAAAACCCACAUCGAAGUCGAAAUAUCCAACACCUCCACCUCCAAGCCCCAGACGUCUCGCAGGAGCUCUGUGCGCAACCUGCAAGACAUAGAAGGAGUAUCCGAAUUCGAACCCAUGAGCGCCUCGAAGCAGCUAGAGGACGAGGCAGACCAUAGGUUAUCUUCACAGCCGGCAAUCCCUGAGGCGACAACCCCCAUGCCAAAACCCGUUGCCAAAGGAAAGCACCUUGUCUUUGGCGACGAUGCCGAUGUAGAGAAGUUUGUCGCGGCAGCAGCUACAAUAGAACCAAAAAAGAACAUAAACGAUAAGGGUGACGAAGCGGAUAGCAACAGCGACGACGAUGACGAUGCGCCUGAAGCCGUGUCCACCCAGGCCGCCGCGAAACAAGUACUACAGGCCACUCAGGCAGCUACAGAGGCAGCCGACAAACAAGCGGCAUCUCUCAAGCGCAAGCGCCAGGAAAAAGACAGCCUCUACAAGCAACAAGCCGAGCGCCGGAAGCGCGCCCGCGCAACCGUAGAGCUCCACCAGCGGAAGCGUACCAGUACCAAGAGAACCGGCACCGGCUCCGGCAACGAGGAUGACGGCGUAGCCGAGGUCGAGGAGGCCGUCACCACCGGCCGCCGCCGCGCGCAAAAGUUCCACCUCCCCACCGCCCUCCCCGCCGAAUUCCUCGCCGACUCCUCCAGCGACGAAGACGAGGACGCAGAAUCCGCGCUCAAGAAGCAGCAGAAGAAAGCCGCGGCCCUCGUCAGCAAGCCGCAGAAGAUCAACUUCGAGGCGCUGGCCAGUGGUGGCAGCAGCAAGAACCCACGCGACAAGACCGUGGGCGCGACGCGGUACAGGGUCCUGGCGGAGCAGGGGGACCCGCUGGUGUUGGCGCCGAGGUCCCAUAGGGAUGCAAGGGUGUCGAAGGAGAGUCUGUUGAAGAGGAGGAGGGUUACUGCUGCGGCGGCGGGGGUGGUGGCGGGGAAGAGGACGGGUGGUGGGGGGAGGUUUUUUGUUAGGAAAUAGAAAGAGAGAGAGAGAGAGAGAGAGAGAGAGAGAGGAAGGGAGGUUACGAAUAUACCUUGUACAUCCAUGUGUCUUUAUUUGCGUGUGUAUGUGUGUAUGUAUGUGU